CACGCCCCCCUCCCCCAGGCAGUUGGCAGAGGCUCUCCGAGCCGCCUCUUUCUCAGUAAGUUGAGAGCCAGCCGAGCUGGGGGAAGUGGAGAGCCGCACAGAUCGGGGGGAAACGAGCAGCAGCCGCGCUACCGAACUGGGCCAGAGCUGGCCUCUCACAGCGCCGCUCCCCUGCCAGAGCAGGGCGGCUGAGGGGAGCAGCCGGGGCGGGGGCGCAGUGAGCGUGGGACCAUGCUGCGCCUCGCCUCGCUGAAGUUCGGCCGAUUGUUCCGCUAUGCCAAGGUGCUGUUCGCGGCCAGCCUGCUGGUGGUGAUGCUUCUGAACACGCACUCCCUGCUCUCCUCCUUCCAGCGCAACGAGCUGACGGACCGCCGCUUCCUCAGCCUCAAUAAGUGCCCGGCGUGUUUUGGAACCAGUUGGUGCCGGAAGUUUAUGAACGGGCAGCUGAGCUUCGAAGGCUGGGGGCGGCUGCGGCUGCUGGACUUCUUUAAUGUCAAGAACGUCCACUUCGCUCAGUACGGGGAGCCCCGGGAGGGCAGCCGGCGUGUGGUGCUCAAGCGCCUCGGUUCCAACCACGAACUGUCCGAGCUGGACCAGCGCAUCUGCAAGAAAGCCACCGGGCGGCCCCGCUGCGAUCUGGUCCAGGCCAUGUACAAGACAGACUUCGCUCGGCUCAAUGGGGACGUGCGGCUGCUGACCCCCGAUGUAGUGGAGGGCUGGUCCGACCUGGUGCAUUGCCCCUCGCAGCGGCUCCUGGACAGGCUGGUCCGGCGCUACGCGGAGACCAAGGACUCGGGCAGCUUCCUGCUUAGGAACCUCAAGGACACGGAACGCAUGCAGCUGCUCCUCACCCUGGCCUUCAACCCGGAGCCGCUGGUCCUGCAGAGCUUCCCAUCUGAUGAAGGAUGGCCUUUUGCAAAAUACCUUGGAGCCUGUGGCAGAAUGGUGGCUGUCAAUUAUGUUGGAGAAGAACUCUGGAGUUACUUUAAUGCUCCAUGGGAGAAACGAGUAGACUUAGCAUGGCAGCUAAUGGAAAUUGCGGAACAGCUUACGAACAAUGACUUUGAUUUUGCACUUUAUCUCCUGGAUGUCAGCUUCGAUAACUUUGCAGUUGGACCGCGGGAUGGGAAAGUUAUCAUUGUUGAUGCUGAGAAUGUGUUAGUAGCUGACAAAAAACUAAUAAAGCAAAAUAAACCUGAAAACUGGGAUGUGUGGUACGAAAGCAAGUUUGAUGACUGUGACAAGGAAGCUUGCCUAUCUUUUUCAAAAGAGAUUCUUUGCUCUCGGGCUACUGUGGACCAUAAUUAUUAUGCUAUUUGCCAGAACCUCCUUUCCAGACAUGCCACCUGGCGUGGCACCUCCGGAGGACUACUUCAUGAUCCUCCAGCAGAAAUCGCCAAAGAUGGCCGCCUUGAGGCCUUGCUGGAUGAAUGUGCUAACCCAAAGAAAAGAUACGGCAGAUUUAAAUCUGCAAAAGAACUGCGUGAAUACCUUGCACAAUUAAGUAAUAAUGCGAGGUAGUCUAUACUGUAGUUUUGGUUUUUUUUUUAAUUAUCCGUAUAAUGAAAGGUUUCAAUUAGCUGGAGCACGUACAGUUUUAUUAUACUGCUGUAUAUACAGAAGUUAAGGAAAUUUGAUGUUUUUGUGAAUGCUGUGGGAGUGAGCCUAAUGGCAAGCCAGUGUGCCAUGCAGUCACUUUCAUAUGAUGUACGUGAACCUAUCUAAUUAAACUCACUAAAACUACUAUCGAUUUUUCUCACUGAUUACCUGUAAGGUGGGUCAGAUGAGGGUCUCCAGGUAGCUGGGGAUAAUAGCCUUUCAUAGUUUAAUUGAUUAUUCAUGUGUCAAAACGUUAUUGACUUGACAUUACAUUAGUAUCACAAUUUUUGUGAAGCUGAUGCCUUUACUUGGAAAGUUCAAGUUAAGACUUCUGGCCUGUUUUAAAGGCUCUUUCUUUGUCAUUUCAUAUUUGUACCUUUAAACACCCUGUUUCUCGAUAAAGAAAAACUUGAGGGUAUAAAUAUUUUUGUUGCAUCUUAUUUCCAAUUAGUAGAUUUCUUGGAAUGGUCUACAGUAAAUAUUUGCUUAAAGGGCAGGGUUCCCGUAUUUUUUCUAUAUUUUUGUCUGCAGUUUUGGGUUUUGAUCUUGCUCUGUAUAUAAUGUUGACCAUGCAUUAAAGUUCACUUCUUCUUUUUGGUA